AAUCAUUUUGUAUUGGUAUCCACUGCACAGAAUUUCCGAAAUUUUACUUUGAAAGUGAUUGUAAUCGAAGAUACCAACCUUUAUGCAAAAGUUGUGAUGUUCCAGAAAAUCGGGAGUUUGAACCCUGGUCAGCCGCAAUGAAAUACUGUAAAUCUGCAAAUUCGUCAUCAUACUUAUUUUCCAAUGUAUUCUUGAACGAUAUCAACAGAACCUGUAUCUCAAUCAAUAGUAUAUUUACUCAACCAUCUUGGCUUGGAGUGGCUGCCGAAUUAUACAGUGGGAUUGAUCGUGGAAAUAAAAUAGAAAAAGAGGAGGAGAAAUAUUAUCAUCAGUGCAUGAAAUGCAAAGAUCCAAAUGACUGCGACCAUGCAUUAUGUUCUAAACAAUUGACGGAAAGAGUAUAUUGCAUGGAGAAUGAUAAUCCUGGAAUCCAUGGCACUGAAGAUGACCUUCAUUCGGCAUCUCAACAUUCAAGAAUUCGAAACUGUAAACCUAAAGGAGAGAACAAAGCUUCUUCACCAAAUGAUCAAGACAAAUCAAAAAAAGAGAGCAAUGUUUUCAAAAUAGUCAUCCCUGUAGUUGUCGUAGUAACGUGUCUUAUUGGAGGAUGUAGUGCAAUUUUCCUGAUAUUGCGAAAAAGAACACAGAAACAGUCAGCUAAAACAACAAAAACCAGAAAUUAUGAGGAAAGGGGUAAGCAUCCAGAAUCUAGUAUAAAUGCUACAGAAGGUCACGACUACUUUACUCUUGAGUCUCAGGAAAAAUGCACAAAAAUACCAAAUGCUCCAAAUGUGGAUUUAGCCCUUCAAUCUAAAGACAAUACUUAUGAUCACCUUCGAGUAACAUUUGCCGGGACCGAAGUGGCAAACAGAGAGAAUGAUUACGAUACAGCAAGCAAAACUGCAAAACUAGAACGUCAAUUUUCUGGGAAUACCGAAGAAAAUUAUGAUCAUCUGAGACGGAAGAUAGUCAACAAUGAAGACAAUAUAAAUUCGGCUUAUAGUCACAUCUCACCUCAUACAAGUGAACAAUCUGAUUAUGAUGUAGCUUCUAGAAUUAAAAAUACUGAAAUAAGCAGUAUAUACAGUCACCUGAACUCAAAUCAAUGACAUCAAGGAGUUGGUUAACCCGCGACUUUCCCUUCUAAUGCACUUGGCGAAGGAAUAGUUAUUAUCAUUCUAUAUUUACGCUGUAGAAUAGACGCAGCUACACUAACGAGGGUUAUUUUUUUUAAUAAUGACAACUAUAAGAAAUCAUUUUAGAUGUGAAAGGAAAUUAGCUUUUAUUUAUAUUGGUAUGUCCUAAAUCUUAGUAAUGUACAGUACAUGUAAUAAAUGUGAAGCAUUCUUAAGACAAUGAACACUAAAAGAAAUUGAAAUAUCAUGAAAAUACAUUGGGCUUGAUAA